CAGCGACAGGAAGGAAGCGAAGUGGGUUAUUUCGGGCUCCAGUGGCUGCUCAGGGCAAAGCUCGACUCCUCCGUGCACUGAUAGCAGCCCCUCGUGAACAAUGGGGUCGUGGGGCCCUUCCCGGCAGGAAAACGGCUCGUUCCGGUGAAAUCUGCCGCUGCUGCUGAGUCAGCAGGUCCUGCUGGGCCGGGUGUGCUGUGGAGGGUCCGGGGGAACCGUCCUGGUGCAGCGGGAACCACAGGAGAGAUGGACACCUUCAGCACCAAGAACUUGGCCCUGCAGGCCCAGAAGAAGCUGCUGAGCAAAAUGGCCACCAAGACCAUCGCCAACGCCUUCAUCGACGACACCAGCAGCGAGAUCCUGGACGAGCUGUACCGGGCCACCAAGGAGUACACCCACAACCGCAAAGAGGCGCAGAAGAUCAUCAAAAACCUCAUCAAGAUCGUGAUGAAGCUGGGGGUUCUGUACCGCAACGGGCAGUUCAGCCCCGAGGAGCUGCUGGUCAUGGAGCGCUUCCGCAAGAAGGUUCACACGCUGGCCAUGACGGCCGUCAGCUUCCACCAGAUCGACUUCACCUUCGACCGCAGGGUGAUGGCGGGCGUGCUGACCGAGUGCCGGGACCUGCUGCACCAGGCGGUCAACGGGCACCUGACGGCCAAGUCGCACUCGCGCAUCAACCACGUCUUCAACCACUUUGCGGACUGCGAGUUCCUGGCGGCGCUGUAUGGCCCGGCCGAGCCCUACCGCACCCACCUGCGCCGCAUCUGCGAGGGCGUCAGCAAGAUGCUGGAGGAGGAGAACAUCUGAGGGCGGCCGGGGGGGCUCCUGGGCUCCGCCUGCUGCUCCGGCCUUCGCCCUCCCCUCUCCCCUCGGCAGCGCUCGCCCGUGGUCUCCUCGUUUCUCCGAGGGACUGAACCUCCUGGCUCCGUCUGCCCCUCGCCCAGGGUCUGCCAGCCCCUCCCUGUGCUCUCCAGGGGAUCCUGGGCCCCUCUGUACAGUUUGAUUUCCUUUGCCCACCAAGUGCCUUCAGCUCAGAGUCCGCGGGUUUGGACUCUUUGCCUUGAACUCUGUUGUAACCUCUGGGGGGGAAACUGAACCAAAGACUUGCAGAGUGAAGCGCCUCUGAGGUGUCUCUGAGCAGCUGGGACGUUGUUGGGGUGAAAGUUCUGAGAUUUCCUAAUCUGUGGAUUUCUCCCAGCAGCUCCACGACGUGGUGGGAGCAAAUCCUGGCCCAGACUUGUGCUGCCUCAGGCAGGAAGGUGCUGCUGCGUGGGUUUGGCGUCCUCAAAGACAAGUCCUGAGACCAGGGGGAUCCCUCCUCACCUGGGGGGAGCUGGGGGGAGCUGCUCCUCCCAGCCCAGGAACACCCAACUCGCCCCAGCCUCCAGCAGCGCUGCCUCCUGGCCCUCCAGCACUGUCCUUGGUGGGGACCCGAAGCUCCCCUGGGAUUUCACCCCUUUUCCCUGCCCCUGACUGAGUGAUGUUCGUUUUUUAGCAAACUCUGUAGCCCUGAUGAGUUAUUGAAAUAAACUCACCUGUGUGGC